AUGGCAACUCUCAGUACGCUGCCAAACGAGAUAAUCUCGAUCAUCACCAGCCACUUCGAUCGACCUCGAGACCUGCUGAACCUGACUUUGACGAGUCGCCGACUAUCAGAGUUCGUGAACCUGGAUGGCUGGAAAGCUUUGCUCAAGGGACGUUUUCACGUCAACGGGUUAGACACAGAUGCCCAAAACUCUGUCCACGGUUUGACAACUCUCUACCGGAAUUGGGGCCGUAAAGGGUUUGUGGCAAGAUACCUAGAACCCAGUAUCGAAACUACGAGUCUGAACACAUGGGAGCCAGCACCAUGGAGAGGACUUCGAGGACAGACCAUGGGCUACCAACCCAGCAUCGACAGCUAUGAGGAGACGUUCGGCUCGUGGUCUGAGAGGAGAGAGGUAUUGGUCUGGUCUGCUGGUACGCAACUUGUUAUGAGAGUAAAAGACUCGGAGCCUAGGAGUGGGUGUCGUACUAAUGAACAGCCCUGUAAAACACAAACAUCAGAUGCUUUCGGCCACACAAAUUCUUGGUUUACAUACAAGACUCCUGAUAGCAGCGAAGGCAGAGAUGAUAUCACGAGCCUGCGACUUCUUCGACCGCAUCAAAAGGAGCAAGGCUUUGAGGCCAUGGUUUUUGGAACAGCCUCUGGUCAACUCACGCGACUCGACGUUGACUCAGAGCAAGCUCAAACAAUUGAACAAAGUUUUGACACACUCGGACGAUCAGUUAAUGCUCUCGCUGUAUCUUCCUCUCCCACACCUUUGUUAGCUACUACCCUUGGAGACACCUCAUUAGCUCUCUUUCCACUGGACUGCGAUGUAUCAGAGAGGCCCAUCGAAGCAGCUUCAGAUGUAAACCCAAUCAUCCAAGGAGCUCGAAGUGGCAGUAUCUGGUCUUGCAUGUUUCUGUCGAAUGACAAGGUCGCUAUUGGUAUUGGCCCAACCAGCGAGCCAAUACAAGUGUACCAAAUCACACCAGGCGGCCUGUUGUCCGACCCUUACCGAUCUUUCGCACUGGGUACAACUCGAAGCUCACAGACGUCCGUAUACCCAACUCUUCCAAUCUCAGAUCGCACACAGGGUGGAUCAGAAGCUGGCAAUGUCUUUUUAUCAGGCGGUUACGAUGGGAUCGUUAGACUACAUGACUUGCGAUCGCCACGCGAUGUCGAGAGCCUGUACUGGGAUCCUACAAAUGACUCGUCGGUCUACUCACUAGCGAUACAAGGCCUCGAGCGUGUUGUUGUUGGUGUGUCAAUGCAUAGCAUGCUCAAGGUCUUCGAUCUACGCCUCUCCGGUUCGCGCGCCUACUCCACUGUCUCACUACCAUCAGAAGUAAAAUUCAAGCCUCGUAGUCAGGACUAUGCAGCCAAUGCCAUUGUCAACGCCACAAGAGACACCGCGUCUGCCAUCUGCGGUGGCUGGAACCUAUAUCUCAACCCCCGGAAUCCACCAAAGCGCGACGCGUACCGGGAAGACUACUGGCGCGGUCGUGAAGACUCACCCGUGUACAGCCUUUCUAUUCCCUCGGCCACGAGUCCAAAUCUGUACGCCGGCCUUGAGGGCUCGAUACAGAACCUUACAUUCCACGGCAUUGCCGACCCGUAUCCUGACACUUUGCUUUCACAAUCUACGACGCGCUUCACAGAUAGUGCUGCGGUAGAUGUACAAUCAUCUUAUAACCCUCGAGGAGAUGUUCUCAACCUAGGCAUGUACGAGCAAGGUAGUGAGGAGGGACUGGGUAUGCAGCUUCUUGUACAAGAUGACGUUACCUCAGAGGCGGCAGAUAAGGGGCUGAAGCGAGAUGAUGCGAAAUACAGGGGUCUCGAUGAACGUUGGAAAGACCUUAGAGAUGAGAAGGACCGAUGGACCAGAGGUGUACCUCAGGGCCCCAGACAAGGGAACAGGGGCGGCAGAGGUGGCAGAGGCAGGGGCAGAGGGAGAGGGAGAGGUCGUGGGUCUUGA